CUCCAGCUGCUUACAGAGAACACGUCAAACGGCAAAAAGGUGCAGAUUCUACUAGAAGAACUCCAUGACAUAUAUGGCAUUUCAUGGACCACUCACCUCAUCGAUCUCGAAACAGACGAGCAGAAGAAGAGCUGGUUCCUCCACUUGAACCCAAACGGUAGUCGGAUCCCCGUUCUCUUAGAUGUCUCUGAAGCGACACCCGUCGUCUCCAUUACGGAGAGCUCGGCCAUACUGAUCUACUUGCAAGAGAACUACGAUGAACGUAAUGUAUUUGGCUUCGAGUCCGCACACGAAAGGAGCCAGGCCAUUCAGUGGCUGUUCUUUUGGCACUCAUCUGCCCCAGUGCAAGGACACGCCAGACAUUUUAUAAAAGGAACCAAAGAACCCAUACCAUAUGCAGCGCAAUAUUUCCAAAAAGCCAUGCUCCGCAUAUACUCAGUGCUAGAGUCUCACCUUAGUGGACAGUAUAAUGGGAAUUCCGCGUCGCCUCGCGAAUACCUCGCCGGCGAUGGUGUAGGAAAGUAUAGCAUUGCUGACAUGGGCACCUGGCCUCACGUUCGAGCGUACCGGUCGUUGGGAUUCUCCGAGGAAACCGAUAUGCAGCCAAAGUUUCCGCAUCUUCUGCAGUGGAUCGAUCGCAUAGCUGCCAGGCCGGCAGUGCAGAAAGGCAUU